AUGUCUCUCAAAGUGGCUAUCGUCGGCGCAGGACUGAUUGGUCCUCGCCAUGCACAAUCGGUGAUCUCCAACCCGUCAACAGAGCUAGUCGCCCUCGUCGACCCAGCCCCCAGCGGCAACGAGACCGCCUCACAGCUCAAGACAAACUACUACCCAUCCGUAGCCGCGCUACUGGCCUCCUCACACCGACUCGAUGCCGCAAUCGUAUGCACACCAAACCACACCCACGUCCCCAUCGCAAAGGAACUGCUCGCAGGUGGGGUCCACGUUCUCCUCGAGAAACCCGUAAGCGAUACGCUCGAGACCGGCCGAUCACUCCUGGAGUUCGCACAAGCACCAUCACGCACCCACCUCAAGCUUCUAGUCGGCCACCACCGCCGCUUUAACCCCUAUGUGCGCGCCACCAAAUCCGUCCUCGACAGCGGCUCCCUCGGCCAACCCAUCGCCAUAAACGGCCUCUGGACCCUCCACAAACCAACCUCUUACUUCGCACCCCCAGGCGACUGGCGCGCCUCCCGCACCCGCGGCGGCGGCGUCAUCCCCAUCAACCUCGUGCACGAUAUCGACCUAAUGCAUCACCUCUUUGGACCAAUCGUGCGCGUGCAAGCCGAGCGCACGCUUCCCCAACGUCCCAGGCCUCCGCACGAGGCCGACGAAGGCGCAGCGCUCACCCUGCGAUUUGCCUCCGGCGUCGUGGGGACCUUCCUAGUCUGCGAUGCUACACCGUCGCCGCAUAAUUUUGAGACCGGCACGGGCGAAAACCCUCUUAUUCCGAAGUCGACAACGGGAAGGGACGCGGAUUUCUAUCGGAUUUUUGGAUCCGAUGCGUCGCUGAGCGUGCCUGAUUUGACGCGCUGGAGCUAUGAUGGAAAUCCCGAGAAGAGCUGGGCCCAUCCGCUUACCGUUGAUACAAUUCCGUUGCCGGAUGAUGCUGCGCCGUUUGAUUUGCAGCUGGCACAUUUUGUGGAUGUUGUGAGGGGGGAUGCUACGCCUAGCUGCUCGGGUGAAGAGGGGCUUCGUGCUCUGAUUGUUUGUGAGGCUGUUCAGAGGGCAAUGGACUCCGGUCAGCCGGUUGAUAUCGAUGUGGACUUGUUGUCCAAGUCAAAUAAGUAG